CGAUUUUUGCUUCUACUGUCUGCUUGCCUUUUAUUAUCCUCAAUCGUCAUCAUCGAGAAGUAGCUGACAGCGGAAGAAUCCAAAAGCCGGCGAGCCGAAACAGCUAUGGAAACGCCAAGCGGCGGCGGCAAAGCCCGGAUCUCGGCUGAACUCCAAGCCGUGAAACGGGAAUCGGGGAAGACGUACAGUCAGAUAGCCGACGAGACCGGCUUGACCAACGUCUACGUGGCUCAGCUCCUCCGGCGCCAAGCUCCGCUCAAGCCGGAGACUGCCCCUUUACUCCGGUCAGCCCUGCCCGGACUGACCGACGCGCUCCUCCGUGAGAUGAUGCUGCCCCCUAUGCGUUCAUAUGACCCUAACUUAAUUCAAGAACCCACUGUUUACAGGUUGCAUGAAGCAAUUAUGCAUUUCGGGGAGAGCAUUAAGGAAAUUAUCAAUGAAGAAUUUGGCGAUGGCAUAAUGUCGGCCAUUGACUUUUAUUGCUCAGUCGAUAAAGUCAAAGGCGUAGACGGCAAGGAUCGUGCUGUUGUGACAUUCGACGGUAAAUAUCUGCCGUACACCGAGCAGAUUACUGAGCAUAUGAUGUCAAGAUUAAAGAAGCAAGAUGGCAAACCAGAGUGAACUUAGUUUACCUCUUAAAUAAAUACCCUAGCAUCCUUUGCUUUACUUUCUCCGGGGUUUUGUCGAUAAUGUUGUACAAUGUGAUUCUUGUUUAUCGUUUUAUUGUGUUUAUUUGACGAUAUGAAUUGUUUGGAAAAAUAAACACAUUUGUUAUUUAGUGCCGAUCGG